CGUACACACGCAUGACCUUUCCAAGAUGGACACGAACGCCUAUUUUAUUGCCUAGCGUGCGCGCUCGCGAGACUCGUGUCGUCCGAAACGCGUCGUCCUGUGGUGUCCAGCCCUGAAGGACGAGAUUCCUUCGGGAAGGAUUGCUCGAACGAGCGGGAGGAAGGCCGAAGAGGAGCUCGCGUUUAGCCCCAGACGCCGAGGGACGCCCUGGGGCGCCUUAGGGCGCCUCGCCUCGCCUCGCGUCCGCCCGAAAAGGUCCAGCAACCUCGAGAGGUCUCACCGGGUCCCGUUCUCCGCCUUUCCGACGUCCCGAAGGCGCGAUCGCACCAGGGAACCCUCGUUCUCGACGGAUUCGCUGCUGGCCACUUCCUGGGGCACGCAGGCGACGUCCACCUGCCGCGCCAACGACUCGCUUGCAGGUCUGUUUACGUCCUGAGGAAACUCGAGGCCGCGCGGGAAACGGGAUCUGGAUGAAGUAGAGAGACCGUCGAGGGAUUCCGAGAGGUCUCGACUGCUGUUGAAUCGAUGCCUGAUUUUUGGAAAGUGGAUCGUCGAGUCGAGAAAGAAACUUGGCUGGAGAGCAGAGAUUUUUAACCUGUUUACUCGGGGUUAUCGGACUGUGUAUUUAAAAAACAUACCUGUCCUUGACACGUGUCUGUUUACGUCCGAAGGUGAUCGAAAGCGAGCGUGGAAUGGAUUGUGCCGGGGUUUGUUGAUCGUAGAUGGAUGGGAGAGUUUUACAGUUGCCUCUGGGUGCUUUUAUUGACAUUGUCAAGCGUUACUUGCCGCAUGAAGAAGUACUGCCAAUGCGGUUGCCUUAUUUCUGAAUUAACUCUUACUACGGAUGCGAGAUCGGCCUUCGAAAAGUGGAUGGAAAAGGAUGCGAUAGGAUAAAUCAGGGAAUUAUAGCGUAGAGGUAACUCAAGAGAAAAUGGGACACUUUACUCGCCCGUGGGAGCGAAGAGGAAACUGUAAGAGUAACCGACUGUCCUAAGUCGUGGGAAGCCAAUUUUUAAAUUCGAGACGCUUGUCUCUCGAACUGGACGACUUUGUCCAGAGAGUGCCGCACUUCCGGUGCUCUGUGUCACUUUUUACCAGUUGUAAUCUAAAACGUUACAACGGGUUUCCUAACAACACCGGCGAUGUCUUCGAGCAGGAGUCCGGUUUCUCCCUCGGGAGGACCCGUGGUUCGUAGCGGACACCUCCGGAAACUAAAGACUUUGAAAAAGAAAUAUUUCGUUCUCCGGGGUGAAGGCCCCGGUUAUCCAGCUUGCUUGGAGUAUUACGACAGCAAGAAGAAGUUCGAAAACAAGCAACCCCCCAAGAGAAGCGUUUCGCUGCAUAGCUGCUUCAACAUCAACAAGCGCAGCGAUACAAAAUACAAGCAUGUCAUAGCUCUCUACACGAAGGACGAAAGCCUCUGUUUGAUUCUUGACAAUGAGAAGGAUCUGGACGAAUGGUUGAACGCUAUGCUCCUUUUACAGAGUGGAGACGUUCCUGAUGGCGAACAACCACGUCCCACUUUUGAGCAUGUCUGGCAAGUCACGAUGCAGAAGAAGGGACUCGGAGAGCGCAAGAACAUCCACGGUCCGUACAGACUCUGUCUCACCGAUCGAACCCUGAGUCUUGUCAAGAUCGGAGCAAAGGACAACGCAGACUCCAUCGAAUUCUCUCUGAUCUGCAUAAGACGUUGCGGCUACAUGGACCGGAUAUUCUACAUGGAAGUCGGACGCUCGGCAGUCACCGGCGGCGGAGAGUUCUGGAUGGAGGCGGAGGACAAUAACAUCGCCCACAACAUGCACGCCGCCAUCCUAAACGCCAUGAGUAAUUCGAACAGCAGCAAGGACGAGGUCGGUCCGCGACAGAGGAUGCGCAGCUCGUCGGCAAACGAGGCGAGCAAGCCCAUAUCCGUCCUUCAGCGUCGACACACCGGCCAGAAGGUCCAUGGAUUUUCCCCUCUAGAGGAACGGAGGAGCCACAAGGAGCAGGCGGACCCGUUGCGGGAGCAGAACGUCACUGCCUCUGCCCCUUCACAGAGUACUCGAUCACAGAGUACACCCUCUUCCGAUUCACUCACGGUUGUCGCCGGUACCGCCGGAAGCGGCGCUCCUGGUGCUGGCCAAAUUGGAGGCCCCUUCUCCUCGCCCAAAGUCGCCAACGGUGCGAAUAGACGUCGCCACUCGGUAGCCAGUCAUCCCCAUUCCGCAAAUUAUUCCCAAUCCGCUCAUCUCACCACAAGUACAACUACAACAACAACUACAACUACAACUACAACUACAACAUCGACCACCACCGCCACCGCAACAACCACAACCACAACCGCUACAAUAUCCCAUCAGAGAACCCUGUCGCUGCCCCUAGCGGCUGUUGUUAUCGGUCAAUCGCAAUCUUCCAAAAGAUCGGUUUUACGCUGUACGAGUGGGCGAGACAGGUGCGACAGUUUGCCGUCCAGGGCGCGCACCAGCAGCAGCAGCGAGGGCCACCCCACGGUGGCCGUCCUGGCACACCCCAGGGCGCCUCACCUGGUGCCCCACGUACCCAGGCCGCACUCCAUGUACGGUCGAGGUCUCUCCUACUCGCCCCCGGUUUCCUCCAUGCCCAUCAGUCCCGCUUCCGGCGCCUGCUCCACCGACUCUGCAGGAUCCUCUCUCUCCAUGGACGACGCCGCCACCGAUGGCAACCUCGAAGAGGGGCCUGCCUCAAGAUACGGACACUCCCUCACCCCCGAUGAACCCGUCAUCCUGGAGGAGAACGGCGACGACUACUCAUCCUGGGACGUCGCUCAGCACAAGCACUCCCCCAACUUCAAGUCGCACUCUCCCUCCCAGCAAAACUCCUACGUGGACAUGUACAGUCCCUGCGGCUCGAGUCCAGGUCGCGGAGGCGCCUACAUGCCCAUGAGCCCUGCCACGACGGCUCACUCGCACUCCAGGGCCUCCUCCUUGGUCGAGGAGACCAACACCUUGCCGGAUGGGUACGUGCCCAUGGGCCCCGUAGGAGACGACGGAUACGUCGACAUGGACCCCGCCAACCCUCACAACGGCCACUUCCCGGACGACAUGUCGCAGCACGACGGUAGCAGCUGCUCGGUCACUUCCGGGACCCCCAGCACGGAUCUUCGGUUCUCGGAGUACCACCUGGACAAGGUCACCAGCUUCCUACCUCCUGGGGAGGACCUGCAGGCCAGGCCCACCAGAGCCUAUUCCGUGGGCUCCAGGCCGGAGCCGGCGAACAGACACAGGAAAAACAGAUUGGACAUCAGUCAACCGGAGGCCAGCAGGGUGCGCGCCUUCUCCGUAGGCAGUCGCUCUAAGAGGCCGGAAAUGGGUCGACUGGCCAACGUGGUGACCGCCCCACUUCCGGCAGGCUCGGAGAGCUCCAACUCGAAGUCCAACUCGGCGCCGCUGCUGUCCAGCUCCUGGGGCCACAACUCCGGGUGUUCCGGGGCUUCCGAGCGCAUGGAGGACCUCAUGGAGCUCGACUUCACCAGGCCGACCGUUCCCACGACCGUGUCGUCGCCGCCCUCGUACUCGCAGUCGCAGUCGCAAUCGCAAUCGCAGUCGUACCCCACUGCCACCGACACAAGUUCCUACGUCGACAUGUCCCCAGGACAACCGCCGGUAUCCAGCAUCGCUCCCUACGUCGACAUGAGCGGCAUGAACAAGACCAAUCGAAACAACAACAACAAUAACACCAGCACUGCCAACCACAACCACAACCACGUUCACGUGUCCUCGUCUGCAUCCGGACUCAAGCCGGUGAUCACGACGUUGAAGCCCGUCGAGGAAGCCGAAGGGCCGUACAUGAGGAUGGACGGCGCUCUGGAGGAUUGGCCUAGGACCGGGACGAGUCCCAAACAAGUUCCCUCUCCGCUUCAGGAUGACUAUAUGCAGAUGAAUGGACCUCCGGGAGGCACGAGAACGGCGCCAGUGGACCUUCCUCAGCCCAGACGUCCUCCGGAUGGCUACGUCGAGAUGUCUUUCAAGACGCGUCUCCCAUUGGAGCAGGACUACAUAAACAUGAACAUGGGUCCGGGUUCUCGAAGCCAUCGAAGGACCCGGGGCAACACCCGGAAGGAGAAGUCGCGUUCCCAGCCUAUCGCCAUCCAGGCUGGGAACAAACCCACCAAGACGCCAUGUUUCCUCCCCCUGAAUGGCAGUCCGACCUCGGAAAGCCUGGCCAGCACCCCGGCAUCCCCUCCUAGAGCGACCCCGACAGGAUCCUCGGCAACGAUCUUUCCAUUCUCCCUGAACAGCCCCCAGUCUCCGGUGAAGCCAUUCGCGGCGCGCGAGGACCCCGCGAAGAGCUUCCCCAAGGACGUCGAAGUCUCCCCCGAGGGCGACUACGCCGUGAUGGGAGGCGAAGCGACCUCCACGGGGAAGCCCUCGGCAUCCGGUGAUCCCCAGGUCGCCGCAAGCUCCCCUUCGAGGAGGAACAACGAGGAGCUGCCUGUAACGACCUCUAAACUCGAAGAGACGCCGCCGAAGACCUCCACGAGCGAACCCCUCGCUUCCAGGGACCAGGAUCAUCCUCUGGGACCGUUGACGAAGAGGCUGUCCGAUUUGUCGGUCUCUAAGCUCCCGAAGCUGGUCACCGCGUCGCCCACCACGAGUCCGACGCCCUCCGGGUUCAAGCCCGUGCAGCAGGGUAAGCCCUCGUCACCGAAAGUCCCCAGCGAGGAUACUCCCACCCCGACUCCCACUCCCACUCCCACUCCGACGCCUACACCCACCCCGACGCCUACUCCGAGUCCUCUGAACUGUGAAGGGUAUGAAAAGCUGCAACCUGGGGCGACUAUCCUGCAUUAUGCUAGUUUGGAUCUCCCGGAGGUCGGAGGCGCUCCUCCCGUAUCGCCGACUCCUCUUCAGGAAGGAUUCUGCUAUGCGGAGAUUGACUUCGCGAAACUCAAGCAACAGAAUUGAGAUGGGGACCCUGAAGACGGAGAGUGGGAGGUGGAGGUCGUGGAGCAGGCUCUUUGAAGCCUAACUCAAGCAACUGAAUCGAGAUGGGGAUGCUGGAGGUGGAGGUCAUACAGGAGGCUCUUUGAAGAUUGUCUUGCCCCAGGAUCCGCUGCGUGGAUGAGACACCUUGAAGACUCUGGGAGGAUCAUGGCUUGAGAUUUUGCAUUUCGAGGAAGACUAUGUGGUUCUCGGCCAGUCAUCUAAAAUCCAGGAUCCUCGACCUCAACUUCAAGGCCACUGUUCCUGACUAUCGGAAAGUCUCAUUGCGGCUUCGAAUGGAUCUCGGACUUCACUCUCUCAGCCUGUAUCAGAACACAUGAAAUCGACGGAACGUGCCGAAGCCCACCACGAUGUCCGAUUGUCUACUAACUACGAGGAAGAUGAAAUUACAAGACUUCGGGAAUGAAGAAGACAUAAUCGAGGCAAUCAAGACCAGGACAGCAAGAUUCAGCCUAAUCAACAAGGAUUCCAUGCAGUAUCAGAGUGGGAUUCUCAUGAAAUUGACUCCGAAAAAGUCCCUAGUGAUCGAGACGGAAAUUCCAACAUGGCGUCGCUGGUGCGCUUCUCUCGAUCACCUCGGUUUUGAAAACACUCAGGGCGCGAAUUUCAAAUGUCGGCACUGCUUUUCAUGCGUCCGAUAAUUUCGAACGGUUCCUCUUAAUCAUGUUCAAUCACUAUCUCGUUGGUUUUGUGUUCACUUUCGUGCAUUUUAAGGUCGUAAAGGGAUAAUGUUGCGUGGGUUCUGUAGAGAUGUGUAAGGUCAAUCGUGCGGGAAGAUCAUCUUCGACAAAAUGUUGGAACUUUGGAUUCGACGUUGUCGGAAUUUGGAGCGACCUAGAGUCGCCUGUAAAUAGCCAGUCUUCGAAUCGUCCUAAUUUCCUUCUCCUUUUUUUUUGUUUUUGUUUCUCUUUUCCUUACUUUGCUUUUCCUUACGUGGGGAUUCGCUCUCGCGUAAGCUCGGUAGAACUUCCUUUUUUAUCCGCUCCGCGCGGAGGGGCGCUGCUCUCGCGUUUCCCGUGAUUGGGCAGAACUCGGAAGAAUCAGAAUGCCGGGACAGGGGAAACGCCCAAUCACCGAGAGGUAUAUAAAUAUAUAAAUAUAUACAUACGUAUGCGUUAUGCCGCGCUUUUUCGUAUAAAUUAUAAAACCGCCUGGAUACCUUUCACUCGAAUUUGACUAUACAUAUAUACAUACGAGAACCUUUUAACUAUAAGUAAUUAUAUAAAUAUAUAAAUAUAUAUAUAUAUAAUGCAUAUAUGAAGUAUGAUGAUAGUAACGAUAAUGAUUAAUAACAAUAAACGUAUAGUAUAAAA